AUGUCCGACAUCCACCAGCAGCAGUACGACCAGCCCUCCAACGGCCACAUCGACCAGCAGGCAGACCAAUCAGACGAGCAACCCGCUUUCACCGAAGAAUCCUUCGCCGUCGCUCCCCUCACCCUCCGUGCUCUCGUCUCCUCCAAGGAAGCUGGUGUCAUCAUCGGCAAGCAGGGAAAGAAUGUCGCUGACAUGCGUGAUGCCACUGGUGUCAAAGCCGGCGUCAGCAAGCCUGUCCCCGGCGUUCAUGAUCGUGUCUUGACCGUCACUGGAACCCUCGAGGGCGUCGCCAGAGCCUACGCAAUGGCUGCCCAGACUCUCAUCGAUUCUCCUCCUCCUGCCGCCAUCCCCGUCACCUCCAACUCUACAACCAUCCGACUUCUUGUCGCACACAGCCAGAUGGGUACCAUCAUCGGCCGUCAAGGAUCAAAGAUCAAGCAGAUCCAGGACGACUGCAACGUCCGUAUGGUCGCCUCGAAGGAUAUCCUUCCUGGCUCGACCGAGCGAAUCGUCGAAGUCCAUGGUGCCGCCGACGCGAUCCGACUCGCCGUCUGGGAAAUUGGCAAGUGCCUGAUUGCGGACUGGCAGCGCGGUUCAACCACAAUCCUCUACAACCCGCAGGCCAAGGACUAUACCUCUCACUCGGGCUCUAUGCGCACUCGGACCGGCAACCCCGCUGAUUUCGACAACGGCGACGCUUCCUCUGGCGCUGCGGCCGGUGCUCCUACCAGUGGCUCGUCGCCCUCUAACGGCGGCGGCCCUGAGCAGACUCAGAACAUUGCCAUUCCGGCUGAUAUGGUUGGCUGCAUCAUCGGACGUGGCGGCACGAAGAUCCAGGACAUCAGACGGGUGUCUGGUGCGCGCAUUUCGAUUGCGAAGCAGCCCCAUGACGAGAGCGGCGAGCGCAUGUUCACCAUCCGCGGCACCGCUGACGAGAACGAGCGCGCGCUCUUCUUGCUGUACGAGCAGCUCGAGAACGAGAAGGUUCGGCGGCAGAUGGAGCAGGAGAACGUUGACCAAGAGCUCGAGCAGGAGUAA